AUGGGCCAAUCUUCUUCCUCCCACUCGCCGUCGCCGGCGGGGUCAACCCACCACCACCAGCGGUCCAUCACUAGGUCAUCGUCUUCUUCCUCCGCCCGAUCGGAGAUUAUUGGUUUUAGGUACUCCAAAGAGGAGGGGUGUUUUGAUUUCCCGGAUGCAACCAGUUCUUUUAUCGACUAUACAUCUGAAAUUCCCGAUGAUUGUUUAGCCGUAGUUUUCCAGUUUCUUGGUGCCGGCGAUAGGAAGCGUUGCUCCCUUGUAUCGCGAAGGUGGCUGCUCGUCGAAGGCCAGAGUCGGCACCGCCUUGCUAUAGAUGCUAAUUCGGGAUUUGUUCCUUUUAUUCCGUCAAUUUUUUCUAGGUUUGAUUCUGUUACCAAACUCUCGCUUCGAUGUGAUCGUAGAUCUGUUAGUAUUGACGAUAACGGAUUGAUUAUGAUAUCUCUCCGGUGUCUUAACCUAACGCGGCUUAAGCUCCGUGGAUGCCGUGAAAUUACCUAUGUAGGUAUGGCGGCGUUAGCUAAGAACUGCAAGGGAUUGAAGAAAUUCUCUUGUGGAUCUUGUAUGUUUGGUGCUAUAGGAAUGAAUGCGCUCCUGGAUAACUGUUCAUCUCUUGAAGAGCUCUCGGUGAAGCGUUUACGCGGCAUCAACGACGGUGUAACGGCGGAGCCGAUUGGUCCUGGUGCCGCUGCUAAGUCGCUCAAAACAGUAUGUCUCAAGGAGCUUUACAACGGCCAGUUUUUUGGCCCGUUGAUUAGCGGUGCUAAGAAUCUCAAAACCUUGAAACUGCUCCGAUGCUUAGGCGACUGGGAUAGUUUGAUGGAAAUGAUCGCUGUUCCAGAAAAUUCUCUUGUUGAAGUUCAUCUCGAGAGGCUUCAGGUGAGCGAUAUCGGUCUCUCGGCGUUAUCAAACUGUUCAAAACUCGAAAUCCUCCAUAUCGUCAAGACUCCAGAUUGCACUAAUGUCGGAGUUAUCUCAAUCGCUUCACACUGUAAGUACUUAAGAAAACUUCACAUCGAUGGCUGGAAGACAAACAGAAUAGGAAACGAAGCUCUAAUCGCCAUUGCAAAAAACAGUGCAAACCUUCAAGAACUUGUUCUAAUCGGAGUUAAUCCCAGCUCAAUAAGCCUGGAAGCCAUUGCUACAAACUGUCAGAAGCUUGAAAGAUUAGCCUUAUGUGGAAGUGAAACAAUAGCAGACACCGAGAUUUCUUGUAUUGCAUCAAAAUGCGUUGCUUUAAAAAAGCUAUGCAUCAAAGGUUGUCCUGUAUCCGAUGAAGGGAUCGAAGCCUUCGCAUGGGGUUGCCCUAAUUUGGUCAAAAUCAAGGUGAAGAAAUGCAGAAACGUAACAUAUGAAGUUGGUGAUUGGCUAAGAGCUAGACGUGGAUCAUUAGUAGUCAAUUUAGACGUUUGUGCAGUUGAAGCUGAAGCUAUGGAUGCAAGUGCUAGUGAUAAUGGUGUUCAAGAAGACAUGGAAAUAACCCACGUGGCAGUUGCUCAACCUCAUCCUCUAGCUACUAGCAAUAGUGUUCGAGGAUCCAUUUUCAAGACAAGAUUCGGGUUCUUUGGUGCAAGAGGUAUUGUAACUUCUACUUUUAGAAGGUUCUCAAAUGGUAAUACUAAUACCAGUUCUAAUGGUUGCUCAUAA